GGCUUAUAUUAGUGGAAUGCGUGCGAUGUUUUUUGUCUGAAAGUAAUAUACGGAUUAAUUAAUGCGAUGCUAUUUAGACUAGAAAUGACGUUAUUUUGGAUUUAUUCUUGAUUUUUUUAAAUUAGGUUAUAUUACUAAAUUAUUAAUGCAGUUUAUAAGAAAACAGCUUAUUUUGGAAAUAUGGAGUUAUUUACAAAAAGAAAACCUGGCUCUAGAGUUGUAGACCUAGUGCAACAAAGGGAAUUGCAGGAGUCAGCUGCUAGGAGUAUCAGUCGUAAGUUGAAAGUUACACCAAAUUUCCUGAAACGCCUAGGACUGGAAACAGAACUGGAAGGACAUGAAGGUUGUGUUAAUUGUUUGGAGUGGAAUGAAAGUGGAUCUAUGCUCGCAUCAGCCUCAGAUGACAUGAGAGUCAUUUUAUGGGAUCCAUUUUCUUAUAAAGUAAAAUACAAUAUCCAAACUGGACAUAGUGGAAAUAUUUUUACUGUGAAGUUUUUGCCAAACUCAAACGACUCAAUACUCGUAACUGGUGCUGGAGACUAUAAAAUACGGGUGCAUGAUAUCUCGAUUUCGGAUAUAUUACUCGUCUGCAAUUGUCAUUAUGGACGUGUUAAACGAUUUGGUACAGCGCCAGGUGUGCCCUUCCUAUUCUGGAGUGCCUCAGAAGAUGGUCUCAUUAUGCAGUAUGAUAUACGAGUACCACAUUCUUGUAAAAGCAAUGUUCAAAAGAAUGUGUUGAUCAACUUGUCCAAUCAUACGGGUCGGUUCACUGAGGCCAAAUGCAUUAAUGUCAACCCCAGGAGACCCGAGCUGAUUGCCGUUGGAGCCAGUGAUGCUUACAUUAGGAUGUAUGAUCGUCGGAUGAUCAAACUGUCAAAUAGCCCAGAUUCAACAAUUUCAAAUAGCAACGUUUUAAAUCUUGGCAAAGGAGAUUACGAUAAUAAUGUACCACUAGCUUGUGCUCAAUAUUUUAUUGCAGGCCACUUGAGAUACAAAGAUAACUGUAAAAAAUAUUGUACAACGUAUUUAACGUUUAGUGAUGAUGGAAAUGAAUUACUAGUCAAUAUGGGAGCUGAACAGAUUUAUCUAUUUGAUAUUAAUAAUCAUGGAAAUUCAAGAAAUUUUAUUGUGCCUGUUGAAUUAAUUACAAAUGAUGGUGAUGGAAAUGAGCCAAUCGUAGAGAACAGCAAUACUCCUGUAGUAUUAGAAGAUUUAUCUUCAAUAAAUUUUACUGACUUUAGUCCCGAAGUUGAAGAGUUACAAAAAAGAGCCAAGCAAGCUUUUAAAGAAGAACGAUAUGCGAAUGCUGUAACACUGUACAAUGAUGCAAUUGAUUUGUGUCCAAAUGCGGCAAUACUUUAUGGCAACAGAGCUGGAACUUACAUGAAACGAGCAUGGGAUGGUGAUAUAUAUGCUGCUUUACGAGAUUGUCGCGUCACGUUAGCUCUCGAUCCAGAACACGUGAAAGCUCAUUUCAGGAUGGCAAGAUGUUUAUUCGAUUUAAACAGAGUAAAAGAGGCCAACAUUGUGAUGAAAAACUUCGCAGAAAAGUUCCCAGAAUUCACUAAUAAUUCUGCUUGUAAAUCCUUAAGGAAAGAUAUUAAAGAGGCAAUGAACACUAAUAAAGAGUCCCAGGCAUCAAAACAAUCAAUUGAAGUAAAGAUUUCAGACUACGAGCGAGAGUGGCGGAAAAAUGCUAUUGAUUUCAAAUUACGUUUGUGUGGACAUUGCAAUACAAUAACUGAUAUCAAGGAAGCUAACUUUUUCGGAGAUGAUGGUCAAUUCAUUAUCGCUGGAUCAGAUGAUGGCUCAUUCUUUAUUUGGGACAGAUAUACAACAAAUAUAGCACGAGUUUUAAAAGGAGAUCAGAGGAUAGUGAAUUGUUUACAGCCACACCCAUCCAUGUGUCUAUUAGCUACCAGUGGUAUUGAUCCAGUUAUCAGGUUGUGGAGUCCUAUGCCAGAGGACGGAAGUGUAAACGUUUGGGAAGUUGAAAAUUCCAAUGAUGCUGCAAUAGCAAACCACAUUAGAAUGAAUACAGAUCACUAUGAGGUGAUGUUUUUUAAUAUGGGAUACAGAUUUCCUGGCCAAGGCUCAGGAAAUGGUCAAGAUGACAACGAAGAUCGACAAGAUUCCUCAAAUACUCAGCCAUUAAAUUGCAGACCAAGUUAAGCUUUGUUGAUAAGAUAAUGUUACAUAUAUAAAUAAAGGAGGACAUGUAUAUACAGUAUACAAGUAUUUGUAUGUGUAUAUAUAUGUGUCUAACAUUCUGCGCUAUAAUGAG